UCCCGAUUGUAUAGCCUUACCUGAGUCCCCCGUAAUUGUAGGUUUCUGUUUUUUCGACAUCAAAUUGAAUGAAUCAAUCUCCCAUGUGACAUAAACCCAGGCCGUGGACUACCAUUCAUAGUGUAGCCGUGCUGCUUUGACUUUGGUUCCUUACUUUCGUGUAUUAGAACAACCGAUGUAGUUACGAGUUUCUAAUAGUAGAUCCGUAUCUCUUGACGUUUACUUGAAACAGAACAACGCAGAUAUUCGACGUAUUUUGAUUUAGCGAUUCAGCUACUGUCUAGAACGAGGGACUAGCAGAACUAGGUCAUGAAAUGAAUCUCGCCCGUGUAGCAUUCUCGAUUUGAUUCUUGAUUCUAGUUGCUAGCUUUGCCUUCGUUUUGGCAAAAGCAUGAUGUGUUUAUGGGUUCGUGUUCGAAUUUUCUUUGAUACGAAAGUUUUUUUCACAAAUAAGAUACAAUUCUAAAUCAAAUGUUGUUUUUUCUUUGAAGGUCGUCGCUUGCUACUCUUCAAUUGAAGAGACCGCGCAUGAUACUCAAAAAAAAGAUAACAGGGACUACUUUUCUACACAUAUCUUUUCGUGUAAUAUAGGCCGACGGGUGCAGUAGAUGCAGCCUGGCGACGAUCGCCAUUUCAGUCUAAUGCGUGGCGAGUAGUUCUUUAAUAUCCGGACAUUAGUACACCUACACCGGUGACGAGGCGGGACCUUUGAGGCGCUCUCACCACUUCGGAGGCCAGUAAAUCCAACCCAGCUCGUUCUGGUAUCGACGGCCCAAGAACCACGGAAAUCCACCCGGGCGUGCUAUCCUCCCGAAGAACACUUUGAUUUUUUCUGCCGCAAGUUGUACGCAUUACUACUGUCCUUCUAAGUACUAACUUGGAAUAAAGAAGUUCUUCUUUGCGGAGCCUUGCGGCGGGGUUAAUGUCCGAGUUGUAAAUCGCGAUUCACCUGAGAGCUGGUCAACAUAACGGAAGUACUCCUGUCCACCGCCUUGCCAAAAAAGCAGGACAAGUGCUGUGAGUCGCGCGCCAUUCUCCACCUCACGGCCCACCUGAGACGACGGGUACGGCAAUAUGACCACGGACGUGCAGAAUCAGGUUUCCGAGCUGCUGCAGUUUUUCCAGCAGCCGCGGAAUAGCACGGUGCGCGUUGUUUUUGAUAAAGUUAAAGCUUGUCGUUCGACUAAUGGGAUGAAAUCGCAUGAAGGCACAGCACCUCGAUUGGUUCUUGCUUUCGUUCAAAAUUGUCUUUCCGCUUGUCUUGUCUCUCUACAAACUGCAUGAUUGGUUGAAUGCAGGUUGGUAAUUUCUACUGCGUAGUACUAGUCUGAUGUCGAUGAAGAUUCAAGGCAAUGGUCGCGGAAUGAAAGAAGUAGAAGCGUAUCAACGAAGGGAAUUCGAUCGUGAUGAGGAACAACGUUCGGAUCUAAAAAAUAACUCCACGCGUGUUAAAAAUUUUUGCAGGUGAAAAAUGUGUUAUGCCACCUGCUAGGUGGGGCGUCGCGUAGUAACGAGACAGACGGCGCCUCCUCGGCAGAUGCAGAAACCGGCACGGAAAUAACUGCAGUGGAUCAUGGAACAGAUUCAGCUGCGAACAAUGCAUCUUCUUCGUCAGUUGCGCAGUUGGUCGAGCUUUUGCGUCAAGCCAGCAGCGAGGUCGCGACCUCUCCGCCGCGGGGAGGACAUCUUCAAGGUGAACAGCAAGCCCGCUCGCUGGACAUCCCAAGCCACAUGACCACUGCGGCCGCAGGAACAAAAAACGGAUUUAUUUCACCGCCACAGACCGGCAGGAGCGGUUCUUCUCCGGGCUCUUGUGCUGGGACGAAUGUUGCGGAGAGGAAAGAAAAGUCGUCUUCUCCGCCCUCGCGAAGUAAAGCUGGUGCUUCUACUCCUGGGCACCAGGCUCAUAGUCAACAAGCUUUGCCGCCGAUGCUUUACUAUCCCGAUGGAUCCCCGAGCACGGACCGCAGCCAGAGCCCGCCGCGCGAGGACGGCGCGGCCGUCGCCAGCAAUGGCUCCACGCCGAACGCCCCCAAUCUGUUUUUCAAAAACCUCGACGGAACUGGAGAUUUUUAUGGCAGAAACAGGAAUGCAUAUCAUGAUCAUGGAGCAGGAGCAAACAAGCAGCUCGGAGGUGGUCCCAUCAUGCUGCAGGGGCCGCGCCCGCCGCGGGGAGGACCCGUGGCGAAUGCCGGUGGCAAUAGCGCGCAGUACUGCCCGCCGAACCAGCGGGGCGGCUCCUACUCCCAUCCACAGGGUACUAUUCCUAUCGACCGGGCGGGGAACCACAACAUACAGUCAAGCGUUCGGGACCACAACAUGCGUCCGCAUCCGCUUUCCGUCAAUGAAGAUGAAGGCUGGAAUCGUCGUGACUUUGACCACCGAGAGUCGCAUCAUGAUCCUCGUCGUCGCACCAGUGAGGAUUAUGGCGGCAGCCGAAGUUACAGCGGUAACCACUACAGUAACGGCGCUUCUUCAAGAACCCCUGGCAGCUUUGCACCAACAGGCAGAACAAGCGGCGUGCCGCCCAGGGAUCAUCCGGAAUGCAGAGUAUCGGAGUGAAUACAGAAGUUGUUGUGUACAUUCGCAGGCAAAGGCAUACUCACAAAAAAAAAAAAGUAGUUGUCAUGUUGCGGCAAAUAAAGCCCGAAAUUUGCAACAUUUAUGUGCUGACUGCUUCGAUGACACAUUGACUUACUUUUCCAGCCAAUAUCAGUAUCACGACCACCGAGCAGACUCUGGCUUCUAUUCUGCGCAUUCGACCCCGGCGUCGGCCAACUCUUCCUCCUACGGGCACAGCACCAGUAACAACCCCACCUCGCGAGGAUCCGGAUCGAGCACAAAUAACCAUGCAUCGGAUCGGUCGCGCGCUCGGCUCUUCGGCCCUUUCUCGCAUCAACAUGACCGGAACCACGAGCAGGGCGGCGUGUGGCCCUCUUCUGAGACCCUGCAGCAGGCCGAGCAACGGUGGAUGCAGCAGCGCGCGGCGCACGGUGCGGUACUUCUGCAGGAAACAAGCAGGACCGGUGCCCGGCGACGCAGUCUGGAGGAUCGUUUUUUUCAGCCAGUGGCCAUUACAGCACGCGAUCACCCCGCCGAUCAUGGCGGUAGCAGAACAGGUUCGUCCGCAGCCGCACCGCAGAACUACCACCGAGCUCAGGGAUUGCGGAAAAAUAGUGUGGAGCUGCUGUACAGCGAAUACUUGAUUGUUUCUUUCGGUGGGGCAUAUGCAUAUGGAUGGAUGCAUUCACUUCUGCAUUGCGGAUGCUCUUUCUUUGCUGCGACAGGCAGCAUCCGAUUCUUGUCUCGUCAUAAAUAGUGAAUGAUCUACAUCUUCUACUUUAUCAGUGAAAUACAGAAAUGGAGUUCUUCUAAAACUAUAGCAACCCGCAAGCCAUGGCGAAGCAAGCACGGCGGCAGAUCGAGAAUGCGGUCAUGACCUGCUACGAUCAAGUGCCCAGCACAUCGCGGAAAUGGAGUAUGUUCCUGCAACUACUCACCACGCUGAGCUCGGCUGAGCUCGACGAGCUGGCCUACCAGCUCCGGAUGGAUCGCCGCGCGCCGCUUCCGGACGGCGUCUCGCGCACUUCGAACAACUCGCUCGACUGCGAGUACUGAUUUUUACAUUCUCAGAAAAUAUGUGUAUUUCUUGUUUGGGUACUACAUGAUUUUUUCAAUUUGCCGCCUAGCUCUGCGUGGCGUUGAAAGUAAAAAGAAUAGCGCUGCAGUCGGUACCUCCAGCGUGAAUGCAUCAGGGAACAUGUUGUUGCAUCCCCAUCACCUUUACAUACAGCGACAAUCCACUGCCCCGUCUCAAGGAUUUUCCGGAGGACUCCAAUUAUCCGGGCACAAGUGUGAUGGUGCGGAACAUUAUCCAUGCAAAAUUCAUUUGACACGAUUCGUCCACAUCCCAUCAGUCAUGAAUGUAUGAAGACUGUCGCUGUCCUCGGUAGAAAAAACUGUCUGACGGCAUGUUGACGAGUCUGUGAAAGUCGCAAGUUUACAUAUUCACACGACGUUGUUUUUUAUGUUUUUGCAGUAUGUUGGAUUUCUUACUUGUCGGAACAUCGUGGCUCUGUGGCUUCGAACGCGUUGAAUGAGAAUUUUGCUGUGAUCCCCCUCCCAAACCGAUUGUCGCCGAACAUGCUUCUGAAUCUGUUGUUUUCGAACAACAUCGUGCGUGGCGAGCCGGCUUUUGCUUCGCUGUUUUCGGGACCCUCACUGGUGGGCUGCUUCGAGCUGGGGGAUGGGUACUUAUUUUAUCAGUUCUAGCCAUUUUAUCUAUCGCUUUCUUCUACUGGAGUGGUUGCAGCGCCGCGCGAUGAAAGUUGUCUUCAAGCUUGAAACUAUUUUCAGACUUGUGUACCACGGACGGAUGGUAGAACCACACAGUGAUACGUACAAAAAGAAAAGAGUACGAUAUUUCUAAAACCAGGCCGAGUCUGUUGGAGGACGAGGGCGGAGAAGUGGCCGCUCAAAUUGCGGGCAUGCGUAACGCGAACGACGACGCAGAUGAUGUACUUUUUGUUCUAUUUUGCCAUACUAGUUAACAGUGAUGUCAUUGUCAGUCCAAAUCCCGCUUGAAUCGAACACCAUCAACAUGAGCAUCCGUGAUUUAUGUCUGGUAUCAUGAAGAGUUCCUUUGACCUCCGUUGAUAAUAAGAGCGCCUCCUUCUGCACUGAUGAACUACAAAUUUUCUGUUGCUAUUUCACACAUUAUUUACACAGUAACCAUACGUGCCUCUUUACCUAGGUAAACAAUUUUCUGGAGACGAAGAAUCCGAAAACGCGAGCGGAUUACGAGGACCUCCGGAUGCGUCACGAGGUGGAACGGAAGCGAUUCGACUGGAGCGAGCGCAUCGAGCGGUCCCGCGUCGACCCAGCCUUUCAGACGGAGCCGGCCGAAAAGAUUUUGAUGGGCCCGUGGAGCAAAGAGAACACCGUCGUCCAUGCCGUCUCUCAGCAGCUAGAUCCCGUGGUGGCGCAAUUUGUCGACUUCUUUGACCUGCCACAGAACCUGCGCGGUAAGACUUGUUUGCCUGUAUUUUUAUCCUUCUUUCUUCGAAUGACACUAGCUACCGAGGAGUUCUCACCUGCUGCGUUCCGAAAACGGACGCUGCGCUAGUGCGACGAAGGGAGAUUUUCGCCGCCAUCCUUGUCUAAGUUAAGUAGCACGAUUCGUCUGACAUCUUUAUCAUUUAUUUCUGCCACUGCAGGAAAGUUAAAGUAUCAACGAAUCCCCCUUGGAGCAUCUGUAGCAAAAACCAAAAAAAAAAAUGAAUCUACAAAUCCAGGCGUGAAUCUCGGCUACGCGUUUUUGCACUUUCGGAGCCGCAAGAUUGCAGCGCGGUUCACGGAGCUCUUGAAUGGGAUGCGGUGUCCGGGGAAGAGCGUGAAGCGCCUCGAGAUGAUAUUGCAAGGAAAAAUCCCCCCUCCCCAUAUUGAAAACGCAUCCGUUUGAAAAUUUGUGAUGCAGAUUUGCAACCACAAAUCGCACCUGUCUUGCAGGAAGCCAAGCGCAGGCUGUCCGCCACGUUGUGCAGGCGAUUUGUAAUGCUGUAAGGACUACCGGGCAGCCGUCUACCAUGCUAUGCGCCUACACCAAAAGGCCCCUACUUAGGCUUGCGACCUGCGUGCAGUCCUAGCAUUGCAAGACAAGUCUGAUUUGUGUAUGCAAAUCCAGCAUCACAGAUUUCCUGUUCGAUAUGGGGAGGGGAGAUCUUCCCUUUUGAUAGAUGAUGGUGACGACGGCGCGUCGUAUCCCCUUUAUGGAUGGCAUGCGGCUGCAAGAGGUGAAUAUCCAGGAAAAAAACUGUGUAAGUGUAACUUUGUAGGAAGAGCAGCAUCACAAAUUCGUUUUGCAUUACAGAAAGAACCUGUCAUGCGCGGAUAGUACGUGAAAACACGUAUGAAACACGUCUAUGACGCACUUCCAGCAUGACAAGCGUAACUGUUUUGCAUUUUUUGCAUCACAGAUUUACAUCACUUACACAGUUUUUUUCUUGCAUAGUGAAGCCGACGCGUACAAUGUUUUGGUUCGACGAGGAACGGUAUCAAAUGCAGAAACGUCUGGGUCUGGAAGAAUGCAUGUUUGUCAUGCUUGUCUGGCAUGACUCGAGAAUUUGUGUUGCCUAGGCACGAAAAGGCCCUCUUGCCUGUCAUGCAAAAACGCAGUUUGCCAUGCGGAAUACGUAAGACAUGGCAGCCAGAAAAUUUGUCAUGCAUAGGUGCGUAUUGCAGUGCGUCUAUCAUUCACUUUUAGCAUUACAAGUUUCCAGACCCAGACACAUUUGCAAUCCAUAAACGAUUUCCGGACAUUCUGGCCGAGUCCAUGUUCUGUUUGAAGCGACAAUCGAACGUCAUAUCAAAUGCAAAAAUGUCUGGGUCUGGAAGAGUCGGGGCUUGCCAUGCACAUUUUGCAUGACCCGUGAGGUCCGUGAUGCUGGUGCUAGCAUCACAGAUUUUUUGAGAGCUUCUUGAUGCUAAUUACGCAUGAGAAAUGCCCUCACCGCGUGCCAACAACUGACUCCUCUAGCUGCUCAUGCAACACAGAUAUUUUUAGAAUCCGCAGACAGCAUUACAAGUCCCAACCUUCCAGACCCAGACAUAUUUGCAAUCCAUACGUCAGCUCACACAACAACUCGCUCAACCGUCGCGCCCAGUAUCCCGGGCCCACCGGCCGGGGCUGGUAAACAGGGCGACGCGGACCUAGAAUUCAAUGGUAUGAUCGACGAACUUGAAGAUGAUCUGCUCUUCCUCUUGUUUGUGGCAAAGAAAAAUGAUUCGUACCGCAGUACUGUACAUUUUCGUCGGUACGCGAAAGAUGCCGAAGCUGCGUAUAGGUUCGGCCUGGUCAGCUUUGAGUUGUCCUCGGAGCUGAUUAUAUUAGAUAUCAACAUUCAAUAUAAAAAAGUUAGGAUACUGUACUAUUUGAAUCUGCAAGAAGCGAGCCUUGCAUUUUUUUUUUGUGUGUCACAAGAACCGGGCCUGGAAGUAAUUAUAGCCUAGAUGUGCUGCCAAGUAGAUUCUCUUCACUAGAAGGACUCAGCACUUUCUCCAACUUCAAUUUCACGUAUCUGCGCAUGAUAGAUUUAGGUACUGGUUGCAAAAGAAAGACCGACUGCUACGCCGACUGAUACGUUCGAUCAAACUUCGGUUGCAUCUUAUUUCUUCGCAGAUCCAACUGCUACACUUCUAUCUUGCAGAGCCUUCUUCACUAAACACAGCACCUGAGUGCGCAGUACAGAUGCUGUAGUCACAGAGGAAGGAUUGAUUGGUGAUGCAAGUGCAGCACAAAAUACGAUAUGCGCACGAUGAAUAUCUAACGUUUCGAAAUAGAUACGAAAGCAAGCGUACUUUUUUAGAAAAGGCUCUACCUUCCUCGGUUUUUUUUUCGUUUCGAUUUGUAGCUCUCGUUACACCAGCUACGAAAAACAGCCUCACACGGGGAUUCAUUGGAAUAGCCAGCUGCUACACGAUGGUUGCAGUUUUUUUUCGAAUAGCAAUCAUGUGCACCAUUUUAGCGUAGGAUUACGCACAACGAGGACGACCACUGAGAAUUUAUUUUCCGCAAUAAAGUUAGUAGUUAGUAAUAGGAAUACCUAUACCACUUAAAUCAGUACGAGUACUUUUUUUUUCGAUUUUAGCCUUGGUCUUGGAGGACGACGAGGAGGAAAGCAACAAAUCGCACCGACGAAUCUACCGCAUAGGGUGGCGAGCUAGGGUGUCUGGCUGCCGCGCACGGCGUGGGAGUUCGCAGGGUAGGCUGGCUGCUGUGCUGAGCCCGGCAAACCUGACCGCGUCACGUGGGGCGACAGCUCUUUGCUAUAUCUCUAGGCUAUAUGUCCACGGUUAUUUUUUGCCUUCUUCUGCUACACACUUAUAGCGAGGAUCUGGAUCGAUUGAUCGAAGCACUCCGCGCACAAUUUUGCCGGCCCCGCUAUCUGCUGAUAGAUGCACUCAGACGCAGGAGGCGUCUACUUGCCUACUAUCUGAGUUAGUUAUCCUGUAGCUGAGAUCGUGCAGAGCUUUGCUACGAGUACUAAGAUCUAUCAGAUUUCUCUACUGGUUGGUUUCUAUCCCCUUAGUCAAGUUUUUAGCUAUUUUUUCAACCCCGAAUGGAAGGCAAAGGUAAAGCGAGCGACCUCUGUGUAGCUGGAAUAUGCAGGCUGUGGCAAAUGAUAAAUAUUUUUUUCUAGUAAUAUCAAACCUACUAAAACGUCGACGAGUUGAAGUCUCAACCUCAAUCGAUAUUUCUUCAAAUUUCUUCCAUACUUGAGAACAACAACCGUCUGCCUAUGUAUGGUUUUAUCUUUCAAACAGUCACAAAAAAUCCUUGUUGUCACAACAGUUUUGGAAGCAAUAAAAAUAAAUCCGAAAGACAUAUAACGUUUCACCUCUGUCUGCGAGAAACUCACUUAUCUAACUUCUCAAGAGCCAACCGUUAAAAAUUAUGCUGCGAAUAUCAUCGGUUGAGUCGAGAGAGGCAAAGUAGAUGUUUUCAGAAAGCAACAAUGCAAAUAAACAGCAAAUUUGAAUAUGUGUAGGUUGGUAUUUUCCCAUAAAAAGUCAUUGAGACUUUUGGUCUACUCAAUGCCCAAAAACAGCGAAAUCGUCAUUUUGACAUCGUGUGCCGCGUGCGGACGCGUUCCUCAGAGCAUCUCAAACUACUAACUUAGAUCUCUUGCACGACACGCGGCGCAAGUACGUGAGAUCGAUGCCUUUUUUCGACGAGUCUUAUUAUUUUGUACCCCGGUUUACUUCUAGUUUUACAUCUUAGCUUCACACACUAGUGGGAGUGCCACUGAUAAUCGCUACUUUUUGGGAAACUGAGAUAGACCAACAUGAAUCUAAAUUUUGGGCCUUGGGAGUCCAGUUUCCGUAUUGUUUCGGAAUGCAUGUCUUAAUGACAGAGACAAU